AUGAUGCUCAAUUUCUCUGCUGCUGCCAUGAUAUCGUGCCUUGUUCUGUGGUUGCCUUUGGUGGCCGAGUCCAAGAUGGCAAUGAAGUUGCCACCAUCAGUGGACAUGCGAAGCAAUCGGGUGAAUGUCAGCAUAUUCCUGGUGGAUGUGAAUGCAUUGAAUGAGCCUGAUGGGCAGAUUGUGGUGAAUGCUUUGAUGAAACUGUGGUGGAGAGACCCGAGAUGGCGUGAGGCGAUGGUGUAUUCCAUGGACAGGCACUGCAACGCAACCGGUUGUAGCGAUCAGGACAGGGUCUAUUUCGAGCAAUCGAUUGACAGCAGUCUAAGCUCCUGUUUCGGCCAAAGCUACGAAGCUUUUGUUAGCUCCGCCAAAGAUUUGGGACAGUCGCUCUCUGAGUUCUUGACGGUUGAUGAAUACAUUUGGACACCUAUUCCGGUGCAUCUUCUGUUGAAGACCUCAGCAAACCCACGAGGCAUCACCGAGUUUGAUCCGAUUGUCGCCAUGACUGUGCCAGCGACCAGCGAUUUCGAAGCACUAUGGGUGGACAACGAAAAGACGUCUUUCGACGUGACUCUGUCAUAUGAGCACUUUCCAUUUGACACGCAAGUGUUGGAACUCUGCAUACCUUUCGAGUAUUUUACGGACCCGCACUUCCAGACCACACUGUCCGCACCAUCGGGCUCUCUUUUUGCAACAGACCUUUCACGAAUCUCAACGAUGUGGGAUGGAACUUCGAUGAUCAGUCCUGUUGCUUCCAAGCGCUUUAUAGAGAGCCUCGAACGGAAAGGCUUCGAUGUGAGUUCCAUCGUCGUGCAAAAGGUGCAGCGAUCCCUGGCUACUUCCUCAAUCUGCAUCAAUAUUUCGAUGACGCGACGCAUCGGCAUCCUCCUUGUCCGGUUGUUUUGGCCUCUCAGCGCCUUGCUCUUCAUUCCUUUCGCUGGGUUCUUCAUUCCCAUUGACCUGGUCAUGCCGCGGGUCGCCACGGGCUUCCUGUCUUUCCUGUCCUUGCAAGUCUUCAGGACCAUGGCCUACGCCAUGAUUCCCCAGCAUACCUCGUCGCUCCUGUGGAUGGAUGUUACCAUGUUCUGUCUGACGGUGAUCCUUUUUGCGAGCGUCCUGGAGAACGUUCUGGUGCAAUUCUUGCGGUCCGCAGUAUCCUCCCGCUCUGCACACUUCUUAGACAAGAUUUCGCGGAUCAGCUUUCCCUCGGUGGCCGUGCUUGUGCUGGCCGUCCUUUUCAUUAUGGGCUGGGCACAGAUUGAGGUUGCCUGGCUCAUGACGACGAUGGCUUGCAUCCUUUGCGUGUGGCUGGUCACCUGCACCUUGGUCAUGGUCACGUAUCUUCGUUGGUUGCACCACUGGCUCAUGGGAGUCCUGAUAAAGCAGGUCUCUUCUCGGAACUUCCGCUACCAGAAGGCAGUGGCCAUGGAUCAACGUGAACUCGCCAUUCUCUUCCGGGCUUUCGACUCGGACGGGAGUGGGCAUGUCAGCGCUGAGAAGAUCAUCGAAUGCAUGGAGGCCCGAAGUCUUCGCUUCGAGCACAGCGCGGACGAGCGGCGCUUCAAGGUGCGGCUGAAGGAAGUUAUCCGCCAGACCGGAACCGAAGCCCUUGACCUUUCAGCAUUUUGCUUCCAUUUCACGGAGCUUUUCAGCUACCACCAAGAGACGCCGGCACGUGAAGAGGUGAAGGCGGGAGAGGAUGAGGAUUAUGCGCGCGAAGUCACCCGGAAGGCCGUGUGA